AGAAAAGAUGAGGGGUGGUAGAACAAAGCAAUCAAAUCGGCGUGUGGGGGCGCGAGCGCGAGAGAGAUGGCGAGAGAUCGAGACUCCUCCUGAUCUCCUCUUAAUAUUAAUAAUUCCUCAAAGGAGAGGGAGGGAACCGGACUCCAUCCCCACCCCCAAAUCUCUCCCCCUUAUCUCAUCUGUGUCGGCUUCCGUCCUUAGAAGCCCGAUCGGCGAUGCGGAAGGGGCGGGCGGCAGCGACCAAGGCGAUGGCGGUGCCGGUCGCGGCCGGCGCCGGAUCGGCGAAGGAGACGCGGUUCCGCGGCGUGAGAAAGCGGCCGUGGGGGCGGUUUGCGGCGGAGAUCCGGGACCCCUGGAAGAAGGCCCGCGUCUGGCUCGGCACCUUUGACUCCGCCGAGGACGCCGCCCGUGCCUACGACGCCGCCGCCCGCGCCCUCCGCGGCCCCAAGGCCAAGACCAACUUCCCCCUCGGUCCUGGCUCCCCUCUCCCCCCUGGGCAUCCUUUCCCCUCCUCCGCCGCCGCCGGAUUUCCCUUCCACCGCCGCCGCCACCAUGAUCCAGCCACGCCUCCCGAUCUCCCGCUGCCGCAGCGGCCGACUUCCAGCAGCCUGAGCAGCACCGUGGAGUCCUUCAGUGGGCCCCGGCUGUCGGCGCCGCCGGUCCCCCUCCGGUUCUCCUCCCACCUCCGACGGUCUGCCAACCCUCCGCCGCCACCUCGCGUCCUCUCCGGCGACCAGGACUGCCACAGCGACUGCGGCUCCUCCUCCUCCGUCGUCGACGACGGCGACAUCGCCUCCGUCUACCGCCAGCCGCUGCCGUUCGAUCUCAACCUUCUCCCACCCCACGACGAUGACUUCCACGCGACUGCGCUCCAUCUCUGAUGCUCGAUUCCACGGCCGAGAAGAGACAAAAAAAAAGAAAGGAAAGAAAAAAAAAGGACGGUUCCUUUUCUUCUCUCUGUCUUCUUCCUAUCAUUCCCUACGAUCUUUGUUUUUUUUUUUUUGCCCCUUUUUCCCCCCUCUGAUCAUUUUGUAUGGGGGUUUGGGACCUGGCUUUGGAUAAUGGAAGGUAUUUAGAUGGUAUAGGUUUCAAGAUCGGAUGGUGUCGGAUUGGAUCUGUGGUUUGUCUCGGAUCUCCUCUCUUCCGCUUUCUUUGUACAAAAGGAUAUCUGUCUAAUUUGAUGAAUGAGAAAGAAAACUAAAACACCUACCUAAGUUGAUUUC